GCUUGGAAUCGCAACACCUCUGCGCGGCUGUUCAAUAUUGCACCGUGACCGUAACCCAUCAUAUUGGCGCAGUAACCGCUGGGCAGACGCACUCAGGUGGUAUGGUAGUUAUGACGGUGGAACUUUGUUGGUUCGGACAGAGUUAAAGUACUUCGUGAAGCCGUGAUAAGGAGGAAGUAAUUGUUGUUGUGUGCAAUUGAGCAUCUAUCCAACUUACGAAUCUACGAUCAAGCCCUUCGUGACUUAAGGAAGCCGAGACUCCGUACAUUUGUUGAGUUCCUUCAUUGCUUCGGCAAUACUCUCUCUAUUCGUUCAAGACCCAAGUUAGGCAGCAACAUACCAUCGGUUUAAUCAACCUGGAGGCAUAUCCCAUCAAAAUAGCAUACGUCAUUUUUACUCUAAGCUACGAAACAUCCUAAGACUCGAAAAAGCCUGCACGCGAGGUUCUUGCGUUCCGCUGCCGAAGCAAGAUGGCACAUCAAUCACCUGAACUCUAUCGUCACGAAUGUUUCAUCUUUUCCCCAAUUCGACCAGGCUUGGGUUCUCAAAAAUACAUCUCCUACAUUCCACAGAAGAGCCUCCGUCCACGGCCAGGCUACCACAACGCCGGAACGUUUGAACAUUUCUGGCCUAGCGAUGGCCGCAUUAUAUCGAAAGAGCUUCUUGUAACGAAGCGUAUGUCGAUGGCAGACUUCAUGAAUCUUAUGGGGGCCGUCGGGAACGAAUUUCAUAGCGAACCAGUUUCCGGGAUUCCUCGCAUCUCGUCGACGGAGCGCGCAAAGAAAAAGAUCGAGGAAUUUGACAGAUCGAUCCCAGAUCCGGAGGAGAUGGAGGAUACCGUGCGGGUCGAAGCGGAGAUUUAUCUGCUUGUGGUAGAAAACGAAUUCCCUGAUGAGCUCAUGGUUCAACGAGAGCCAACAGCAUGGUCUUGCACGGUUAUGUAGAACAAGCCACAUUAUGUAACUCAAUAUUAUAUGCCCAUAUCACGUUGACUAAAUUUU